AAUAAUAUAUGGGAAGAGUUUUUUAAUCUUAAAAAUAUGGUCAAAUGAUAAUUUAUUAAAAAAAAAACGCUUUGAAUAGUUAUACCAAAAAGGGGGAAAUACAAAUACUCCGCUGGGAACAAAGCCAAAUAUGGUAUGAUGUACGUAUAGUGGAAAUUGUAUUUACAAACUGUAUGGAUUCAACGGCAAUUUCAAAGAUCAUAUGGAGAUUUUGAUUUUGAUUUUAGUUUUAUUUCGAUUUUUUCUCAAUCUUAGCUAUACCAAGAAAACGGUUAGAUCUAUCUAAAUAGGAAAUAAUCAUUUGAAAUAAUUAGUUCGGAUUGAGCAGGAGUGAUAAUGCUAAGAGCGAUCGUUAAAGGUCGUCUGAAAAUCAAUAAAAUCGUCAUAUAAUUAGUAUAUAAAUUACUUUAUUAUCCUUUUUUUAAUUUGGAACUCAAUCACAAACCAAACAAUCACAUAUUCUUUCUUUUAGCUCAUGCCUCAUGAUGCCUUUCCCCCUUCCCCUCUAGCAAGGAGCGCUCUCCCCCCGAAAAAUGAACAUGCUCUACCUCCCCUCCUCCUAGCCUUCCGUUAUGCCUUUUUCCUAGAAAACGAACUGAGAUCCCUCGCCUCUGUCGACCCUUCCUCCGCUCCACCCUCUUCCUCCAGCAAACGAACGUUAAUCAACAACAUCACUGCGAGUCUUGCAACAUCGUAGUGUCAAGCAACGAUGUGAUGUUAUUAAGACUAACUUUGCAGCUCAAAUCUACCAACACAUUGCAGCCAUGAAGCAACAACAUCGUUGUUCGAACCCCUGUACCGAUCCCAGGCUCCUAGAAUUGUCACAAAUGAUUUGUGUGAGUUUCACGCGAAUGAAAUUUGGGAGCAUGAGAUGUAGAAAGGACUAAGGACUCCAACUUCCUAAAAGAGAGUGGAGAAACUUUCAGGAUGACUACUGGGAGAUGAGGGACAACUAAUCACACAGAAACACAUAUGCCUCACUUUUUAUAUUUUCCCUGUACUUCUAGUUACAGAGCUCUCCGUCAUAGGUAUAGUCGUUAUAGUAUUUGUUUAGAUCUCAAGGAAUUUUCAUAGGAGUAUAAGUAAUUUAGUAUAGAUUUCUUCAAACAUCAAACACACUCUUUCGAAAAAUAUUGCUGACAAAGGUAUGAACUUAGUAACAAUCAAAUUAAUUUCCAGAAGUCAGAACACAAUCAAAAGCAACACGGUGAAAGUUUCCACUGAAAAAUUGUAACCAAUAAGUAUACCAAUAAAAAUUGCAUAGCAAACUCUCAGUAUAAAUGAAGAAGUUUGGCAUGAAAUCUCAAAAGCACAUGAUUGAUGUGCAUAACCCUAUACAUUAAUCAUGUCAUUAAUUUAUGAGUGUACCCUUAAAUGUCAUAAGUGCAUUCUUGAACUCCCCGCCUAUUUUGUUCCUACGUUCAAUUGUAUACCCUCAAAUCAUUGGGACUUGGGGGUGCUUAUAUAUGCACAAGUAUACUUGUCUAAGUUAACAUCUCUAAUUGUUUGGGCAUCAAAAUGGUUUUGCUUUAAAUAAUGCAUUGUGUAUAUUGAACAUUUAAUUGGCUUUAAAUAAGUAAAUUCAACCAAGCACAACAAAUGGAUUAGGGUAGAGAUGUUUUGAAUUUUUAGUUGUUUUGGUCCACCAGCAACAACACUGUGUUGUUUAACAACAUCUCGACGGUCAGGAGCGUCAUGAAUUCCAUGAUGUCACUAGCUUAGUAACACCGCGAGUUCAACAAUGGUGUAGUCAAACCAACGGGGUUGUUUAAUCAACAACAUCAAUAUAAGUCUUGCAACAUCAUAGUCUCAACUCUCAAACAACAAGUGAUUCUAUAAAGACCAACCGUUGCAUCUCAUAUCCAUGAUGACAUUGCAGCCAUGAAGCAACAACCUUGUUGGUCGAACCUCUCUACUGAUCUUAGGCUCCUAAAUGGGCCACAAUUCAUUUGCAUGUGUUUCACGCAAAGGUUGUUUGGUUGGGAGCGGGAAAUGCAGAAAGGUUGAGCGCUUCAACUUCCUAAAAGGGAGUAGAGAAACAUGGGAGACAAAAAUGGUGCAGUUUCGCGAUGACUAUCGGGAUGCUUUUUCAUUAAGAAUCUAGAGCGAAGACAGAGAGGAGGGACAACACUAAUCUCACAGAAACACACAUAUCUCACUUUUUAUCUUUUCUCUGUUACUUCUGGUUGUGGAGCUCUCUUUUUAAGAAGAAUUCUUCAUAGUGCUCGUUGAUAUCUAAAGAAAUUUCCAUAAGAGUAUUGUAAUUUAGUAUAGAUUGUCAAAUACUCUCGUUUGAACAUUGUCGGAAGAAAUAUAAACCGAGUAACAAUCAUCAUGAUUUCUAAAAAUCAAAAGCACAAUCAAAAGCAACAGCUAAAAAUUUCCACCAAGAGUAUUGUAAUUUAGUAUAGAUUGUCAAAUACUCUCGUUUGAACAUUGUCGGAAGAAAUAUAAACCGAGUAACAAUCAUCAUGAUUUCUAAAAAUCAAAAGCACAAUCAAAAGCAACAGCUAAAAAUUUCCACCAAGAAAUUAAACUGUAAAGU